CUGGUACAAUGUACAAACAUAAAAAAAGACACUUACUUAAGAGACGACACUACGAUAAAAUGAUACAAACAGGUGUAUAAUUAGUUUUUAAAAUAAGCUACAAAUUCCCAAUCCUGUAAAAGCAAUAAAAUGUAUUUACCUUUCUUUUAAAGCUAUUCAACGACGUAACCUCACGCAUGUCGACUGGAAGCAGGUUAAAGAGCAUAUAUCCAGCAUAAACUGGAGACUUUUUAUAGUACAUGGAAUGAAAUGUAUUAUUAAUGAAAUUGCCUUUUAAAUUUGUUAUUUUGGAGAAAAUACACUAAUAGCUUGAACAUGUAAAUAGAUGGCACGCCAACAAAAGACUUUACUGAAAGCUGCAUCAUGGACAGAACGUGAAGAUUAUGAUGGACUUGUACUGGUUUCUGCUCCAGAUCAAGCCAAAAGCCAAAAGGUAUUACAUGAUGCUGUUUCUGAAGCGCUAACAUACGAUGCCGCCCUCACGAGUGAGUUGGCGGUUUUGCCUUUGCGGGACCUGAACACCCGACUGGUGCAUUCUCCCACGGGACCCAUAGACUCUGAUUAUGGAGAUGUGAGGCUGUUCAAAAAAGCCGCAGCUGAUGGGAUCAAGAGGGCACUGAAGAGUGGCAUGAAAGCUCCACUGCUUGUCUUGGAAGAACAUUCUAGGUUCCCGAGAGCAGAGCUGGUUACCCUGUUGGGAGCACUUGAGGCGCUCUAUGUGUGUUGCGUGAAAUGCGCAGUUAACCUACUUGACGCCAUCGCCGAUCAAAAGUUUUAAUGGGUACAAACCUCGACACCAUUGAGAGUUGCCACAUCUCAGAUGUGUACAAGUUUGACGCAGGGAAACAAGAAAUUGUCGUAGGGUAGAUUUCUUCUGUUUACGCAUGCACCUGCUGACGAGUGCUACUAACCCAGUUUUGAUAUCCUUGACAGCCAAUUCAAGUGCGAGAGUCUGAUCCUUCGAAGGUCCAGAAGAUUGAUCGCAUUGGAGUUCUAACGAGCUGCAAGCAGAAAACAGAAAAACUGGUCCAACUUGCCGAUGUCUUGGAGUCCGGGCGAAGAGUAGCAUGCGACAUUGGAGAUGCUGAUCCUGAACGUAUGGCACCUCAAAGAGUGGAAGAGUACGUCCGAAAAGUAUUCGCUGAUGGCACCAUUAAGCUGGAUGUGCUUAGCGAUUUGCAGCAUCUCACAAAAGAGUUUCCACUCUUUGAGGCAGUGAACAGAGCUGCAAGCGUUGUGGAGAGGCAUCGUGGCCGGGUUAUUUUCCUUGAAUACGAUCCGAAAGAUAAUGUUACUGAGACACUGUUCUUGGUAGGAAAAGGCGUGACCUACGACACAGGCGGUGCUGACGUGAAGAUCAGCGGCUGCAUGAUCGGUAUGUCCCGCGACAAAUGCGGAGCAGCUGCAGCUGCAGGUUUCAUGGAGAUGGUGCGAAGGUUGCAGCCGAAGAAUAUCCGCGUGGUGGCAGCCAUGAGCAUGGUACGCAAUAGUAUUGGAAGCAAUAGCUACGUGGCUGACGAAGUCAUCACUGCCAGGUCUGGCAAGAGGGUCAGGGUCGUCAAUACGGAUGCUGAGGGAAGAAUGGUCAUGGCGGAUCUACUGUGCAAGUUCAAGGAAGACGCACUAAAGGCGGUGAAUCCUCAUCUGUUUACCAUUGCUACACUCACUGGACAUGCCUAUUUGACGGUUGGAGACGGUUAUGCUAUUGUCAUGGAUAACGGUCCAGCAAAGAAGUCUAACUAUGGCUGCCAACUACAAAAAGCCUCUGAAGAUAUUGGUGAUCCCUUCGAAAUAUCAAAUGUCCGUAAAGAGGAUUUCGACACCUACAAAGGGAAGAUGGAAGGAGAUGACAUCAUCCAGGCUACUCCAAGGCCUUCUUCUCAAACUGCCAGAGGUCAUCAAGGUCCAGCCGCUUUCCUGAUUGUAGCAUCUGGACUGGAUGCACACGGUUCUGGUAGCGAGUCUCCCAUAAAGUACAGCCAUCUAGAUAUAGCAGCUAGUGCUGGUGGUCUUCCUAAACCUGCUACUGGCUCUCCAGUGCUGGCAUUCGCAGAAAAGUACCUCUUGAAGGACCUGUAGUUUACUUAUGUUGACUUGCUUUUACACAGGGUUAUCAUGUACGAGCUGAUGUGCAAUACAAAUAAAUAUUGAGUUUUUGAAA